AUGAAAGUUCUUCGCCCACUUGAUACUCUUGAAGGAAUUUUCUUAAAACUACAAUUAUCUAAAUUUUAUGGAUGUAAUAUUCAUUUUACCGUAAGAUAUUAUUGGGAUGAAUUGGAUCAUUUACAGCAACCAUACUCCUACAUUAAUAUCUCUCAAAUUCUUUUCCCGGCUCUUGAAAAAGUCAUUUCUAAUACCCCUCAACUAUGUAUUUCUAUUAAAGAUGCAAAGACUCCAAAUCCUCAAUUUGUCCUUUUACCAGAAAUAGAUUUUUCAAAUGUUGUUAAAUUUAUUACAAUAAAUUCUGAUGAAGAAUUUAUUGAUAUAUCUGAAAAAGAACUUUGUACUGAAUUCGAUUUAGAUGAUGAAUCAAAUCCUUUUUGGCGUAUUGUUGUCGGAACAAAUCAUUCCACUUCAUUAGAAAAUUCUGAAAUGAACCCAAAUUUCAAUUUAUGUAUAAUGUUUACAUGUAAUCAUGUUAUUGGCGAUGGAUUAAGUGCAAUGGCAUUUCAAGCUACCUUAAUGGAAGCAAUUGACCAAGUUUUCUUACAGAGAGAUACAUGCGGAUCUAUCUCUAAAUCAAAAUUUCUUAUUGAUCAAUCAACUGUUAUUAAAAAUCUAAUAAGUUUUAAAAGUUAUGAAAGUAUUUAUCAACCUGAAAGUAAUCCUGUAAAAAUUACUUCUCCUAUCAUAACUGGUUCCGCUGCACCAAAUUUUUGGAUGGGUGACGUACGUCCAUGUGAUCUUCCUCAAGAUAUUACUAAAGUUCAUUACUUUUCUUUAACUGAGGAUGAAUUCAUUCCUAUACUUACUUUAGCAAAAAUUCACAAAACUACAAUUUUUGCUGUUUUAAAUAUGUUGGCAUUUUUUUCUCUUCGACAAGUUUUUGGUCAUGAACUUGACUCUAAAAUUUUAAAAGUUCGAGUACCAUAUUCAUUAAGACGAACUGUAACUCCACAAAUUCCAUGGAAAGAAUUUGGAAAUUUUGUUACUGUGAUGUUAUAUGAUUUUGAUAUGACUAAAAUUUCUUUAACUCAAUUAUCUGAUACUUAUUUUAAAGAAAAAUUUUGGAAUCUAUGUCAAGAUUAUACUUUAGCUAUCCGUUCUGAACCUUCAACUUUCUUUGAACAUACUUCUAUUGAAAAUGCCUCCGGAAAAAAUAAUAUUGAUGAAAAUGGUGCAAAUGGAAAUUGUGCAAAUAAUGAAAAUGGUGCAGAUGAAAAUGUUGUAGAUGAGAAUAAUGUAGAUGAAAAUAGUGCGAAUGAGAAUGGUGUAAAUGAAAAUGGUGCGAAUGAGAAUGGUGUAAAUGAAAAUGGUGCGAAUGAGAAUGGUGUAAAUGAAAAUGCUAUUAAUGAAAAUGGUAUUAAUGAAAAUGGUGUGAAUGAAAAUAGUGCGAAUGAGAAUGGCGUAGAUAAAAAUGGUGUGAAUAUAAAUGGUGCAGAUGACAAUAACGUAGAUAAAAAUGGCGCAAAUGACAAUAACGUAUAUAAAAAUGGUGCAGAUGACAAUAACGUAGAUAAAAAUGGCGCAGAUGACAAUAACGUAUAUAAAAAUGGUGCAGAUGACAAUAACAAAAGAGUCUGUUCGUUAAAUAUGUCUAAUUUAGGAAGAUUCCCCGUUAACUCAUCCAAUAGAAAACGAUCAGAUUUAAAAGUUGUCAGUUUAAAUUAUUCUGGUUCGGCACCUAGAUUUGACGCUGUAUUCAGAAUAAAUUCCAUUUCUUAUGAUAAUGUAUUACACAUUUGCAUUUUGCAUCAAGAUGGUUCUAUCCGUGAUGAACAAAUGGAUAAAUUUAUUAGCGAGUUCUUAAAAAUAUCAAGAAUGAUAGUUUAA